AUUUCUGCAAUAUCCCAAAUCGAGUACGCGCAUUCACCGGCAGCUCUGAACAUCACCAUAAGCGUGUGCGCGCAAAGAAGAAAUAGCCUAACAGGACAACGGAGACGCGGUGGCUUGGAAAAGAAAGACAAAAUCUAAGACUGCGAAAUGGAGUGCGCUUCUGAAUGAAAUUCAGAUGUUUUUGUCGACGGACACAUACAGGUGAUUAUUACGACAAUGCGCGACGCCUCUCGCUGAUGUUCCAGAUUUCGUUAAAUUUGCUCUCGCACGUCUGCGGAAGAUCCAUCAUUGAGAUCUUGACAGCAUUACAGCCGAUGAGAGGUGCACCGGAUAUACUAUUUAUACCCAGACACACAGAGCAGCAAUAAUGCGUAUUGUCGAUUUUGUCACAGACAUUUGUUUUGCAAUGUAAUCUCAGUCGUCUCGCCUGUUUUCUAGAACGGAGGUGGAAAGGAACAGAACGGGAUUUUUUUUUUUCACCGAAUGCAUUAUCAUAACAAACCUCCCAUUAAUUAUUUAAUUGAUUCAUGAUCAGUUCUGGUGUGACAAAAAGACUUUUUCUAUCUGGCAAAUCAAAUCAAGGACGGACACCGCUUUACUACUUCAAAUCAGAUCAAAUCUUUAUUUAUCUCCAGUUAGUGGACUCGCGGCUGAAGCGCAUUUCUGAGGGUACCGGUGGGGUAGAUAGGGGGAGAUAGAGUCGCCGGAAAUAGCAGAAACAAAUCACAGGAGAGUAGACGGUUGGGAGCAAGCGAGAAAAAAUGCUACCUUCGCAAGAAGCCUCAAAGAUUUACCAUGACAACUAUAUGCGUAACUCUCGAGCCAUUGGUGUCCUGUGGGCCAUCUUCACCAUCUGCUUCGCCACCAUCAACGUGGUAGUCUUCAUCCAGCCUUACUGGAUCGGGGACAGCGUGAGUACACCACAUGCCGGUUACUUCGGGUUGUUCCAUUACUGUGUGGGCGACGGUAACUCGAACCGGGAGCUGAUUUGCCAGGGAACAUUUUCCGACUUCAGUUCCAUCCCGUCCGGCGCGUUUAAGGCGGCCUCUUUCUUCGUGCUGCUGUCCAUGGUGCUCAUUUUGAGCUGCAUCGCCUGUAUGGCGCUCUUCUUCUUCUGCAACACCGCCACCGUCUACAAAACCUGCGCUUGGAUGCAGCUGCUUUGCGCUGUGUGCCUGGUGCUGGGCUGUUUGAUUUUCCCAGAUGGCUGGGAUGCAGAGGUCAUCCGGGAUAUGUGUGGAGAGGAGACAGGAAAGUACACACUGGGAAACUGUUCAGUGCGCUGGGCUUACAUACUGGCCAUCAUCGGCAUCCUAGAUGCUCUCAUCUUGUCCUUUCUUGCAUUUGUCCUCGGAAACCGCCAGAACGACUUUAUGCACGAGGAAAUCAAGGCUGAAAGUAAAGAUUUGGCAGUGUCCAGGCAACCUCUACGUGUAGGGUCUUCUCUUCGAGUGGAUGGAAUUGAGAUCCGGGAUACGAAGGACCCUCGAUUCGCUGUCCAGCGGUUUCCGUGAGGAGACAGUAUCCUCCCUCCUUUAUCUUCUACCCCAUCCCUCUCUCCUUGUCCUCAGGCCUGUGUCUCUAAACUCAGUCAGGAUGCUGCUAGUUCAGCUCUUUGUAAUAUAGAAAAAGACUGGAGUACACUUCAAGAAGAGAACAUAUUCAACAUACACCUAUUUAAAAACCAUGAGAAUUUAAAACCAAUAAAAAGAAGAAAAGAUCAGCUUUACAUAAACCAACAACUCUGGGAAAGUAACAAGUUACACAUAUUACUACUGUUAUUUAAUAAUGCUUUGAUGACAAUUAUGAUGAUAGUCAUGAUUAUGCUUGCAACAGCGAUAUUAUGUUCAGACUUUCAUAUUUUAUCUAAAAUGGGGAACAUAUUUCUAGCUUUAAGAAAAUAUAAUGAAUCAAUGCAUAUGUACAAGAGAUUGGGUGCUACUCUGGACACGCAGAUGAAAAGGAAAAACAUCAAGCCAAAAAUUUAAAUAAAACAAAAAAGAAAAAAAAAAAGAAAAAAAGAAACAUUUUGUACAGCACAAGAUGUAAUUUUGAAGACCAUCUUUUUCUGACAAAUUUUGAAUUCCCCUCUUUGUACAUGUGGUCAGCAAUCAGAGUUAAUUGAUUAAUUAAAUAGUUAAUUUGUAAAUUCUAUAUUUAUAUGGAUACAGGGUACAGCCAUUAAGCAUUUAUUCACCCACAUCAUAUUCCUUCUACAAACUGGAGUGGAUUUAUCAGAUUUAUUAUUUGAUCUCAGUUCACCUGAAGGUACCAAUAAUCAUUCUAUGACUGUGCAGCAGAAAAGACUAACAACAGUUCUAUCCCACAGACAUUUAAUUUGGCAUGCAAAUCUCUUCUUACAUUUCUUUUUUACAGACACGUCCUCUCUUGAUAUUUCCUUUUUCAUCAAACCUUUUAGACAGAGUGAGAUGCAUUUAUCAAUAGUGAUUAGCACAUGAACAUUCUUCGGACUCUGUUACAUGAAUUUCAUAAUUAAUCAUUUUGUGCAUCUUUUCAUUGUCAUUAGACCAAGAUGAAAUUUUGUUUUGUUGUUUUCAUUAAUCAUUUGUCUUGAGGAAAAGCCCUGCAUGCUGCAUUUUACUCAGGCCCAACAUGUUCUUAUCUGCCAUCGCCCACAUUAGAGCACAGUGGUACAGCACAAAGAUAUCCGUAACACAUCUAGGUGACUACUGAGACUUGGUACACAGUCAUGAAAAUGACUACCUCUGUGUUUCCAAGGCAAGAUGUGUAGCACAAUUAUUCACACAAUUUCUAGGCAUAAACUCACCAUACAUUCAAUGGACUGAUGUGACUUCAUAUGCAAAAUGCAACAACCAAUUCUCAUAAUGAUAUCAACAGUACCAGUUCCAUAUUAAUAUUUUGUUAUAAAUUUCUUAAAUAUCUGCACCACGGUGUACCAUUCAAACUAAAUCUGAACUUGUGUGCAAAAUCAAUAUUGGUCGAAGGUUUUACUUUGUUCCAAUUGUGUUUUUACCAACAUCUCCCUCCACUUUCUUGUAAUGGCAUGAUUUCGGCUAAGUGGCAGGAACUAACACAGACCAGCAUGGUGUACUGGACACCACCAGUUAGGAUCAUCUCAAGAGGAAAGCCCUAUUGGGGGUAGGUCUGGCCCCUUGUCUACAGCCCCUUGACUGGUGGAUUUCAGAGAUGACAUGAGAAGGACUCAGAGCUGAAAAUAAAAUGUGACGUACUCCAUGGUGCUUAAACCCUCCUCACCCUUAGAUAAAGACUGCUUUGCUGCUCCCCAUCUACCUCAGCCUUGAACCCCUCCUACUCUAUUUUCUUGAUAUGCUCCGCUGGGAGACAAGCUAGAGAUGAAUGCUGAGAUCAGACGGAGAGUGGGGGUAUGAGGAGCAGGAAGAAUAGACUGCAUUGGACUUUGAGACUAAUGGGUUUCUAUUUCAUUAUCUUAAAAUACAGCUUCUUCAUAAACUCCCUGCAUCCCAUCACUUACCUACACUACCGGUAAAAGGUUAGGGAAUGCUAAGACAUUUUUUGUUUGUUUUAAGGAACUUAUUCACCUAGGAUGCAUGAAAUUGAUCAGAAAUCAGUGUAAAGACAUUUACAAUGUUACAAAUGCUGUAUUUCAUACAGCUGUAUUAUAAAGGCGGCAUUAUUCAAACUCUGUUUAUCAAAGAGUCUUACAUGUGCAGCAUGGAUUCAAGCAGCUUAUUUCUGCAGCAAGUGUUUUGGCUUGUAGGGCACUUGAAACUUAAAUUCAUCCAUCUGUAAUACCUUUUAAAAAUAAUAAUAACAAUAGUAAUUUACAGUUCAUUCUUUAUGUUUUCAUGCCUAUUUAAGCACUUUCUUCUGCCAGAGUCAUUUAAAGGCCAAACAGCAUGUUGAAGCUGGACCUUAUUGUGUACUAUUCAUUGAAGGUUCUAGCUGAGAUGUCUUUUUCUCAAACUAGAGAUGAGUUUUGCAUCUGGGCUGUCCACUUCUCUCUAUGUGGUAGUUAGAUCCAGUUUGCUUUCUUUUAAGACAAUAAUAGACUGAUGUUUCUAGAAAAAUGUUUGUUUUUGCCCAUUUUUCAAACCAAAUAAUUGCCUGAAAUGUCAUUAAGCUGCAAAAUUAUUUGUGCUAAUAAUAUGAAAGGUUUUGUGAUUACAAAACAGGCACAUUCAAGGGAAUUCUUAAAGACUUUAUAACAAAAGGUUUUCUUAACUGGAACAAUGGCUUCUGAAAAUAGUGCUUUGUCAUCACUGCUUAAAUUACCAGUUAAGAAACCGGUUAUUUUCAGUUAUUAUAUAAAAGUUUAAUUGCAUUUUGUUUUGAUUGAUUCUUUCAAAAACAGAAAAAUGUCUUGGUUUUGCCAAACUUGGUAGUGUAUUUCUAUAUCCAUCAUCCAUUCACAUUUCAUUCUGUACAGUACAUCAUACAUUCAAAGAAAUUCAUAGCCCAGGUAAAACUAAAAGAAAAACAUAUUUAAUGGUAAAUUCAACCUGGGUGCACUGUGCUGUUCAAUCUUUAUUUGACAUGAAAAUCACAAAGCAUAGACUCACAUACACACCCCCAAUGACAGCUAGUUAUUUCUGAAAAUUUGGCCACCUCAGGGGCAGUGUAUUUCUGCAGUAUUGAAUAUAAUUUCUUUUUAAAGCCAUUUAAAUUCUUUGUUUGUCUUCAUGCCUGUAGCCUGCACUGAGCAAGGGUUAUGGCAUAGUAACUUUAAUUUAUUCAAGAUAAUAUGUUGCAAUUCCAGAUCCAUCCACCUUGCACUAUAUAUAAUGGGUUGUGAAAAUUCAUUGAACGUUACCAUAACCAUUUCCCAGCUGUUUUUACAAAUUAACUGAUUUAUGCAACAUAUUUUCAUCUUGACACAGUGUAGAUAUAGAAAGAAAAUUUUUUGAGAGGAAUGUACUGGACUGCCAGUAUUCUGAUCAUAGUGUAAAACUAAUUUGAUAUUUACGUGUUGGUCUUAGCUGUUAUCUUCAUUACUACACAACAUUCAGUUAAUCUCAUGUGAAACAACAUUGUCAUCCAACAUCCGGUCAUUGAUAUUUAAAUUUUAAAAACAAGCUUUGGUAGGCCCAUGUUACUGAAGGCUUAGUAGUGUUUCAUUUAUUUUUCGUUUAUUAUUUUUCAUUUUUGCUUUAUCUUCUGUCUUGCAACACUUUUUUUAUUGAUCUACAAUUUAAAAAUAGAAAUAAAAAUAAAAAGCAAAAAAAGAAUAAAACGUGCCAAAAUUAAAGAACAAGACUACUGUGGAAAGAUAUGACAAGGUUGAUUUCUGAAGUUCACAUUGUCUUUUCUUGUGCUUCACGUGUUUAAUGCCUCUCUUUUGAAGAUUAUUGCUUUUUGCUCUAGUUGUAAAUGUUUUCCCCCUCUGAUCUUUCUGGAAUGCUGUAACUUCUAAAUUAAACAAACAUGUAUAAAAAUAUUUCUGCAAGUCAUAGGGGAGUGCAACAUAACUGACAUCGUCACCAUCACUGAAACAUUGUUGGUGUUGUUGUUUAAAAUAUUAAAAAACAAAAAACAUGUAUCAGUACCAUGUUAUGGGUUUAUUUU